UGUGUCAAUAAGUUUUGGUUGUUUCUUUGGGGAGGUGUGUGUUGGAAUCGGAGUGAACGACGAGGGGUAUAAAAGCAUGGAAGAGGAUCUGAUUUCUAAAUUUUGCACAGGGAACAGCGAAAUAGACGUUAGAAUCAAAGAAUGGCUUAAUUGGGACAAGAACCCAAAAACCUUGGAAGAAGUAAAGUCUCUAAUUAGGGAUGAGAACCAUGCAAAGCUUGCAAAGAUAUUUGAGAAAAGAAUGGAGUUUGGAACAGCUGGACUGCGUUCAACUCUUGGAGCAGGAUUUGCAUGCAUGAAUGACCUCACCAUCAUUCAGACAUCCCAAGGUCUUUGUAAAUACUUGUUGAAGGAAUUUGAUGAUAUCAGCUCUAGAGGAAUAGUCAUUGGACAUGAUGCAAGGCACGGUAGCCACAGGUUUGCUCGCUUGUGUUCUGCAGUUUUCCUGAGUCAAGAUAUCAAAGUUUAUCUCUUUUCUGAUAUCGUUCCUACUCCAUUUGUGCCAUAUGCAGUAACAAAGUACUCGUGCGUAGCUGGUGUCAUGGUUACUGCAUCCCAUAAUCCCAAAGAAGACAACGGCUAUAAGGUUUAUUAUUCAAAUGGUGCCCAGAUAAUAUCUCCUCACGAUAAAGGAAUAUCGAAUUGUAUAAUGGAGAAUCUCGAGCCCUGGGAAGAAUCAUGGGAUGAGGGUCUCCAUCAGACAAGUCCUCUGUGUAUUGAUCCACUAUAUCAAGUUCUAGAAUCUUACAUGAAGGAGAUCCAAGAACAUUGCCAUUUCAGGGAAAUGAACUCGAAAACUCCAUUGAGAAUCACGUACACUGCUAUGCAUGGAGUGGGACAACGUUUUGCUGAAAAUGCCUUCAGAGCAUUCUCUUUGAAGCCGUUCGUGACUGUUGGAGAACAGGCAGAUCCAGAUCCUGAUUUUCCGACAGUCAAAUUUCCAAACCCAGAGGAAGGCAAAAGUGCACUAGACUUGGCCAUCAAAAGAGCUGAGGAGUGCAAUAGUCCUUUGAUAAUUGCAAAUGAUCCGGAUGCAGACCGACUUGCUAUAGCUGAGAAGUUGCCUUCAGGAGCUUGGAAGAUUUUUACUGGAAAUGAAAUCGGAUGUCUAUUGGGCUGGUGGGCAGUUUUCAACCACAAGAGACUUAUGCCCGAUGCCUACCCAGGUGAUUCUGUCUACAUGGUUCACAGUACCGUUUCGUCAAAGAUAUUACAGGCCAUAGGUGCUGUCGAAGGCUUUAAAGUGGAGGAAACCCUAACUGGUUUUAAAUGGAUGGCAAACAAAGCAAUUGACUUGAUGAGCCAAGGGAAGCGCGUCUUAUUUGCCUUUGAAGAGGCUAUAGGUUUUAUGUACGGCACUCAAGUUCUAGAUAAAGAUGGUGUAUGUGCUGCAGCAGUCAUGGCUGAGAUGGCUUCCUAUAUUUAUAAUGAAAAAUCAACAGUAACUUCACAUUUAAGAACUUUGUUUCAAAAAUAUGGCAUACACAUUAGCAACAACUCAUACUUCAUAUGUCACUCAAAGCCAACAAUCGAUAGUAUUUUUAAAAGAAUCAAAACAAUGGAAAAUGGCUCUUAUCCUAGCCAAAUCGGUGGUGUUAAGAUUUCAAGCAUCAGGGAUCUCUCUGGUGAUGGUUACGACUCCACAAAACCGGACAAAAAACCGGUUUUGCCUACAAGUAGAUCGAGCGAGAUGAUAACUUUUGUGUUUGAGAAUGGCGUCACAGCAACAAUUCGAACAAGUGGAACAGAACCAAAAAUCAAAUACUACACGGAAAUAUGUUCAAAACCAGACGAAAAACCGGAAGAAGAUGCGGUGAAGAAGUCUUUGGAAGAUUUGGUAAAAUGUAUAAUAGAUGAGCUACUAGAGCCAAAGAAGAAUGGAUUGUUGGACCGUGUGAUGUAAAACUGGCAAGCUUUUGUCAAUUUAAUGAUUGGAUCGUGAAAAUGUAUUCAUUUUUAGCCACAAUCACUCAUUUACGUCAAAAUUAGUUUAGAUAACUUCUUAGGUACUUAUUCGUCUGCGGAGUUUUGAAAGAAACCGUCAAUUACCUAUUUGUUUCAUUUAUCGACAUUUCUGGGUUUUCCCAAUGGCUCUGUGUUCAGAAUAAUUCUAGCGAUCAUUGACAAUUGUUAGUACUAUUUUGUUGCUUUUAGAGGAGACUGGAAACACUAGGACAAGGAAAUGUUCAGUUUGCACGUGCUGGCUUUUUAUUUUUGCUUAAGAACUUUCGUUGUGGAUCUGGACGAAAAUCUAAGUAUCUAGCUGCAAUAUUCAACCCUUCCAAGAAAAGGGAUUUUUAAUUACUUCUAUGGGGAAAUGACUAAAGCAAAUUUGGGGAUCCUUUAUAUUUUAAGAGAGAAAUUGAAUUUGUGUGCGAAACAUGCGAAUUUUUCACAGUUAUUUGUUUGCUCAGGGAGCUCCUCGAACCCAUCAAUGCCAUUUUAAAUAUUUUGACUGAUAUCUUUCGCUCUUUUAACAAAACCGAGUUAGAAGAAUUUACACAAAUUUAUCACCCAUCCAUAUAUUUAACAGGUAUUGGUAGUUAUAAAUAACAUAAACCUAUGCUUUUUAUUGAUUAUGAAACGCUUACAUAAAGAUAUUCUGGUUUACUGUAUUAGUAUUGUGUGCAUGAUUGAUAUAAAACCUUCGACAAAAA